AUGAGCACUGAAUACUCUGAGUUACUGAAACUACCACCAAAACCAGAGAAGACCGUGCGCUUUUUCCGCAAAGGCGGGUCAUACUUUGCCAUCGAUUCUGAUGCAGAAAUGAUUGCUACGAAACAUAUUCAUUCUUUCGGAGCACUCAAAGACUCUAACGACAAGAAAUACAAAUAUGUAUCAAUUAGCGAUAACUUAUACAGUUCAUUGCUCCGUGAUUUGCUCCUCUACAACCAUACUUCUAUUGAAGUUUGGGAAUUUGAAUCUAACCAUUAUACAAAGACAACUGAAGCGUCCCCAGGAAAUGUCAUGCCAGUUAUUGAUAUUAUCAAUGCCGAUUUCGAUAUAUCUCAGCAAACAUCUCUCUUAUCUAUUUGCGUGAAAGAGGUUCCAGAAGGAAUUUCUAUCGAUGCCUGCGUUUGCGAUCCAACACUUUACACAAUAGCUACAACAGAAUUCUUUGAAACUCCAUCAUUUUGCCAUUUUGAAACUUUAAUGACACAAACAAUGCCAAGUGAAGUAUUAAUUGCAGGAGUUCCUGAUUUCUGCAAGAAGAAGGUAUUUGAUAUCAUUGAUAAGUUCGGAAUUAAUUACAAGACAGAAACAUCUAAGUCAAAAGUUCAUGAAAUCGGAACACUCCCGAAUACAAACUCUUGCAAAGCUAUAGUUGCUACAAUCAAGCCAAAUCUUCCCGAAUACACUAUCAAGAAAUUUACAUUAUCAGAAUUCAUGACUGUAGACUAUUCUGCUGCAGCUGCUCUCAAUAUAUUCCCAGAUGGAGAAGCAAACAGAACAGGAUUACCAACAUCUAUCUUUGCUUUACUCAAUAUCUGUUCUACUCCAAUGGGAUCUCGUUUACUUCAGCAAAUGAUGCUCCAGCCAUUACUAAAUCCUGCUGAAAUAAACAAGAGACUUGAUAUCGUUGAAGCUUUCAUCAGAGAAAAUGAAAUUAGAAAUCAAACUCAUCAAAUUAUGAAACAGCUUCCUGAUGUUGAACGAAUUAUGCGUAAAUUCAAACGUGGAAAGGCAACAUUACCCGAUUGUGUCAAACUUUAUGAUGUUGCUUCUGUUGUUGAAAAAUUUGAUUUCUUUACUUCCCCAAAUGUAGCAGAAUUCAAAGAUUUCCUUGAUGAAAUUACAGAAUGUUCAGAGAAUAUCAAUAAGGCUAAGACUUUAAUUGAAGCAACAAUUGAUUUCUCUUUAAUUCCAGAGCACAUUUACAGAAUCAAGCCAUCAUUUGAUCCAGGAUUAUCAGAAUCAGCAGAGAAGGUCGAUGAAAUCAAAGCAGCAAUGGAAAAGAAGCGUCAAAAGAUUGCAAAGAACUGCUGCAUUGAAGAUGAUAAACUUAAGAUCGAAAGAGCGGCCAAUCAGAAGAGUUUCUACUUGAGAAUCCCAAGAAAUAUGGAAUCAAAGAUUAGAUCUGAUUCAACAGUGACAAUUCUUGAAACAAGAAAAGAUGGUGUUCAUUUCAUCACUCCUUCCAUCAAGAAGAUGGCAGAUGAGAUUAUUACUCUCGAAAGUGAAUACUCUGUCAAGCAAAGAGAAAUACAAAAGACACUUUUGGAAACAUUAACAGAAUUUUCUCCUGUUUUCGAGAAUUUAUCAGAAGUUUUUGCUAAAAUUGACUUAUUCUGUGCAUUAGCUCAGAGCGCAGCUGCAAAUCAAUAUGUUAGACCAAAAUUAUCAGAUGUUGGUUCUCCAGAAAUCAAUCUUGUCCAAGCAAGACAUCCAAUCCUUGAAAAACAUGUCAAUUUCAUUGCAAACGACAUUAAAAUGCAAAAAGGAACAAGUUCAUUUAUUAUCAUUUCUGGUCCAAACAGUGCUGGCAAAUCCACACUUCUUAAGACUGUUGGAUGCUGCGUUUACAUGGCACAUAUUGGGUCUUUCGUCCCAUGUUCUGAAGCAACAAUUCCAAUUAUUCCAUCCAUUCACGCCCGUGUUGGAGCUUCUGAUUCCUUGAACAUGUCAACAUUCACUUUCGAAAUGACUGAAAUGGCCAGCAUUUUAGAAAGUGCAUCCGCCAAUUCUUUGGUUAUUAUUGAUGAGCUUGGCCGUUCUACAUCUUGCUCUGAUGGAUUUGGUCUCGCAUGGGCAAUUUCCAAGAAACUUGCAAAUGGAAUUGGUGCUUUUACGUUAUUCGCAACACACUUCCAUGAGUUGUGCAAUUUAGAACAAGAAAUAAGUUGCGUAAAGAACUUCCACAUGAAGGCAGAUAGUGAAGACUGUUUGAGAAUGAUGUAUACAUUCGCUGAAGGACCAUUCGGAGACUCUUUCGGUAUAGAUGCCGCUGAAAGAGCUGGUUUCCCUUCGGAAGUUAUGAAAGCCGCAAGAGAAAAAGUAGAACAGUUAGAGAUUAUCGACAAAAGUAAUGAUGGAAAACCUGUAGCAAGAGCAAAAGUUUUUGAUCCAAAUAAGCCUUAUGUGAACUUCUUCAGAGCUCUGAAAGGAACUAAUUUCGAUGAUAUGGGAAGAGCUUCAGCAAUCAAACUCUUUAACGAGCUCUUCAAAACUUUCGAUGAAGAGAAAAGAAACAAUAAGUUUGAACCAGUUGCGUGA